UCCAGUAAAAUCCCGAUUCCCGAUAUCUCGGAAGCUGGUUAUUCAGUCAGUUUGUAUACCCUUUAAACUCACCAAACCCACCUUAUUUCUCCUCUUAUUUACCUUCUUGCCAUCGCUUUGCUCGAAUCAACUGUCCGAGUAUUACGUCUGACCAUAAUAAUUCUUCCAAGAUGAGACCGUCCACAUCAUUACUCACGUGGCAAGCACCCAGUUAACCUAGGAAAAACGUGCAUAAAUAGACACAACUACCGAACUGAACUGACUCCACAGUGUCAGAACCUAAUUAGAAUCCUACAAAACACAAGAAUUAGUUGUUUUUCAUGUUACACUUUUUUUGUUUUUUUGGUUGGAUCUCUCAUCUUAUCUUUGAUAAAAACCCCUGUAGUUAUUAUUGGGCAUUUCCUUUACUGAUAUGGGCUAAUUCUGUAUUGAAUUUUGAUCAAUUCAGUGGCGGGAGUUCGAUGUUUUCGAUCUGUAAGUGCUUAUAUACCAUAAAAAAAUUUGAUAUUUGCACUUAAUUUUGAUAAAAAAGAUUUUCGCUAAUUUUGUGAUAUUGGGUUGUUUGUCAAUGACUGUUAAAGGAUUAAAGAGUCUGUGGCUUGACUUUUGAGGUUUUAUUAAAACCGAAUUCCCGCUAAGAGAUUCAAGUAAGUUAGUUAGUUUAGUUUAAAGUUUAUUGAGGUAAUCGGUUAAGAGGAGGUGAAGAAUGGAACCCUCAUGUGAGUUUUGUGGAAAGGAGAGAGCUGUGGUUUAUUGUAAAUCAGACUCUGCAAGGCUUUGUCUGCGUUGUGAUGCGAGUGUACACUCUGCGAAUUUGUUGUCACGUAGGCAUCCUCGUUCACUUUUGUGUGAUAAAUGUAAUCGUCAGCCUGCAACAGUCCGGUGUAUGGAUGAGAAAUUGUCCAUUUGUCAAACGUGUGAUUGGAAUUGCAAUGGUUGCUCAAGUUUGGGGCAUAGGUGUCAGGUAUUGGAGUGUUACACAGGGUGUCCUUCUUUGGUUGAGUUUAGAAGCAUUUGGUCUUCUGUUCUUGAUAUCCCUAAUUCGAGUAAUUCUGGUAAUAGUUGGGGGCCACCUGGUUCUUUGCCACCAAAUGACAAUUGUGGGAAUGAUUGUUUGGAGCUAAGAGAUAAUAAGGGGUCAUUUGGGUUGCUGACCAGCAAGUUGAAUGAAUUAGAGCCUUGGAUGUCGAGUUCUUCUACGAUUCCACCGAAUCCAAAUUACAUGCUUUAUUGUAGUGAUCAAGCUCCCUUUUUCUCUGAGGGGUCUAAUGAGCUAAAGGGUUCUGACUUAAAAGAUCUUAAACUUCCAGAUGGUGAUGAUCUCUGUGAAGUCCUCAACAUGGAUGAUGUUCAGUUAGACUUCGAAGCUGGUGAAGAGAUAUUUGGCUGUUCACAAGGUCAAUCUAGAUACCAAUUUGAAGAUGUAGGGACUGAUGGCAUAUUAAUGGAGAAAAACUUAUCAGUUACCGAAUCUGAUGGACCCAUGGAGAAUGCUUUAGAGGCAUCAUCAUCAGGACAACAGGACUGUAUGGCCUUUCAAUCCUCUUGCAUUGGUGGGACUGCCAGUGUGAUGCAGGCCAUGCCUAGUAGUGCCAAUUGCAUAUUCCCAAAUCCUAGUUGCAGCAGACACAUCAAUCUUGGAUUUCCUGCUGGCCAAGUCCAUCCAAGCAUGUCACUUUCAUUAUCCAACAUCACUGGUGAAAGUAGUGCUGCUGAUUAUCAAGAUUGUGGAUUGUCACCCGUGUUUCUACCGGGUGAAUCUCUAUGGGAAUCAAACCUGGAAGCUAGCUGCCCACAAGCAAGGGAUAAAGCAAAAAUGAGAUACAAUGAGAAAAAAAAAACACGAAUGUUUGGUAAACAAAUAAGAUAUGCCUCAAGAAAAGCCAGAGCUGAUACUAGAAAACGUGUGAAAGGUAGAUUUGUGAAGGCGGGUGAAGAAUAUGACUAUGAUCCUCUUGUGACGAGAAACUUUUGAGUCCCCAAAUUUCUGUCUCUUAGUUCGUAAGACAAGGAUAAAAUGAUAAGAUCCGUGAUGGUAAAAUUCAUGGACACUGGAGCAACCAAUGAUGACUAUGGCAUCCCUGAACUGCCUCAAUGAUCAUUUUAAGUAGUAGAGUUUCCUUAUCAUAAUGGAUUCAAUUAUUCAUAUAAGACUGCUUAUGCGCACCACGAUGCUGUCGCAUGACUAUUCCAUUUUUUCUUGCCUCACCCAAAGUAGAUCCUCAUCUUGCUUUUGCUGCACCUCCACUGGUCUUGCCAUAGGGAAAAAAAAUUCAUUAACGAAAUCUUACUUUUAGGUACAUUAUGUGCAUUUAUACUGUCCGCCAAUACGUGUUCUAUGUAAUAAACUUCAAUUUACGGUUGAGAAUUUGGCACAGAAAGUAUAACUUCCAUUGAUGAGAAUAAAAGUAAUUCAUAUACCUUUUUAUACUUGUUUAUUUAUGCCAAAAUACAUUUCUGACCGUAUUUCUCUUUCUUUAUACAGUAACUACUCCUUACCUUUAUAGAAAAAAGUUUAGUUGCUGAGAAAGAAAUAAAGACAUCAAAUAACUUUUGGAGAUAACAUGAAAUUCCAAUCAAUAAGAAUCCUUAUGAGAAUUCCAAAGAGACGUUUACUUAUUUUCUGUACAUACUCUGAUUGUCAAUUGUUAAUGCUUUAAUGCAUACAUUGAUAGAGAGCACAGUUUGCUAAAAAACUGGGUUACCUGAUGGGAUUCCAAAACUCAUCUUACACAGUUACAGUAUUACAUGGAAGUUGUAGUUGCAAAACACAAUCUUCACAAUAUGAUGAAGACAACAGUUUGGUGUUGACAUAAGCUAUCAGU